GGGGUAGGGCGGAGAUGCAGGAGAGCUGUGCCCGGGGCGUGUCCCGUCUCUCCCUCCAGGCUCCCUGCGCCUUUAAGGACUCCUCCUCUCAGCAAUCCCCACCGAAGGGGAGGGAGCCGUCCCUGCCGAGGCGCCUUCCGUCUCCCCAGGAGCAUGGGCUGGGCUGCCGAGCCAGAAGCAGCGGGCCAGCAGUGUCCGACGCGCGCGGAGCCCGCUCUCCCUGCGCGACAGUGGCGGAGCGCGGGGCCGUCCAACUAAAGCCGUCGAGGGGCUGCCUCCCGCUAGGCGCGCCGAGCUUGGCUCCCGUCGCCGUCUUAGCCGCGAUGGCUCCUCCUUGGCCGCCCAACGGGACGUGGCUGGGGGCAGCGGGCGCGGCGCCGUCGGGCAACGGCAGCAACUGCUCCGGGGCGGCGGGCAGCCUGGGCCGGCAGGGGGCGUUGGGCGCCGCUCUCAGCCUGGCCGUGCUGGUGACGGUGGCGGGUAACCUGCUGGUGGUGGUGGCCAUCGCCAAGACGCCGCGCCUGCAGACCAUGACCAACGUGUUCAUCACGUCGCUGGCGUGCGCCGACCUCAUCAUGGGCUUGCUGGUGGUGCCCCCGGGGGCCACGCUGGUGCUGAGCGGCCGCUGGCCCUUCGGCACCACGGGCUGCGAGCUAUGGACGUCGCUGGACGUGCUGUGCGUGACGGCCAGCAUCGAGACCCUGUGCGCCAUCGCCGUGGACCGCUACCUGGCCGUGACGGCGCCGCUGCAGUACGAGGCGCUGGUGACCAAGGGCCGCGCGCGCGGCGUGGUGUGCCUGGUGUGGGCCGUGGCCGCCUUCAUCUCCUUCCUGCCCAUCAUGAACCACUGGUGGCGCGACGGCGCGGACGAGGAGGCGCUGCGCUGCUACGAGGACCCGCAGUGCUGCGACUUCGUCACCAACAUGCCCUACGCCAUCCUGUCCUCCAUCAUCUCCUUCUACGUGCCGCUGCUGGUCAUGCUCUUCGUCUACGCGAGGGUCUUCGCCGUGGCCACCCGGCAGCUGCACGCCAUCGAGAAGGACAAGGGCAGGUUCCUCCAAGACGCCGCCAAGGGCUCCCGUCGCCGGAGACCCUCCCGGCUCCUGCUGGCCAUCAAGGAGCACAAGGCGCUCAAGACCUUGGGCCUCAUCAUGGGCAUCUUCACUCUCUGCUGGCUGCCCUUCUUCGUGGCCAACAUCCUCAAGGUCUUCGCCAGGACGCUCAUCCCCGACCAGCUCUUCCGCUUCUUCAACUGGCUGGGCUACGCCAACUCGGCCUUCAACCCCAUCAUCUACUGCCGCAGCCCCGACUUCAGGUGCGCCUUCAAGAAGCUCCUGUGCUGCCCCAGGAGCGCCGAUCGCCGCCUCCACGCGGUCUCCAAGGACCUGCGCCGCUGCCCUUGCGCCUUCAGCCCCCGGGCCCCGUCCGAGAAGGAGGGCGAGCCCAUCGCCAAGGGAGCCAGAGAGGAGGACGAGGAGGAGGAGGACGAGGACGUGGGCUCCAGCAGCGCCAGCAGCCGCUCCAGCAGCCGGACUGGCGAAACGAAGCUCUUGUACCUCGCCAGCAAUGGGCACGGCUGCGCGCAGCGCCCCCUGCGGGAAGCCCAGCUUCAAGGCACGCAGAUCACUUUGUGCCCGCAGCUGGAAGAAUUUCCCACCAAAGAAGUGACAGAUUGUCCUAGAAUGUGAGAGAAGGAAGAAGCCAAAGAAAAUACAGACAGCAACGCAAGCUUGGCUGGGAGGGGUCUGGAUCUCCUGAUCGCCAAAUAAUUAUAAUUGACUCUACAUCAGUGUUCAGAAAAGAAGGAGGAGGAAAAACUCCCUUUUUAAAAUAACCAGUUUGUUCCUUUUGUGUUCAGUUUGGGGAAUGGCUAUCAUGUGUUCCCCAGAGACAGUCAAGUUGCCGUCAUCUGAUAGGGAUACUCCAGAGGAGGGUAUUUUGGUUGAGAAAGGACAGGAGUAGUUACUCUGGAUCCCAGAAUCACCAGCUAUAAUUUAACUUGCUAGUUAAAUUACAAAUCCUAGAAGCAAUUCUGUCCCUUUAAUACUGUUUCUCCACCCAAGAUGUUCACUGCUGGUUUAACAUGGAACUUACACUGAGGGAAUACAAGUUCUUCAUCCAUAGUCCGGCUAUAAGCCGCUUCUAUGGGUGCCUACUUGACAUGUAUAGAUGUCUGUCUUUUUGAUGCUGACUCAGGUAUUUUGAAAUGCACACGUCAUAAUUCCCCUUUCCUCCAGCAGCCAGUCAUUGUGAAGAAGGAACAACAACACUUUAAGCAAGUCACGAUGGCUGGAUGAAGCCAUUCCUUAAUGCAGUUUCAUACUUACAACAGAGGCAGCGAAGGUGUGUCCUUCCUGACGUUGAUGUCGUCCUUCUUCCAGCAGCCAUAGCAAGCAUGGCCAAUGGUCAGGGAUGUUAGGAGUAUUUGGAGGGCUCCAGGUUCUCUGCUGCUAAUCUACCAAUAGGCAAACAUAGCAAAGGUGGGAGUAGGGAUAUGGAUUUUGUCAUGAUUGGUUUUGAUAGUGAUGAUCAAGGAUCAAACAAGGGUGAAUAUGGAAUCAUGCUUCAAGACAGCCAUCUCCAACCCAAUGCUUUCUAGAUAUUUUGGACUACAAGUCCCAUCAACCCCAGUCAGUGGACAGAAAUGAUGGGAUCUGUAAAAUAAAAUAUAUGGAGGGCACCAGGUUAGGGAAGACUGUUUUAGGUACUGUUGUUCUGCAGUGAUGGCAGAGAAUUAACAGGGGUGGGCUGUCUUAUCACCACAUUUCAGGGUUUCCAGCAUUUCAGCUGGUCGUUUGAUUUGCAGGUGCUAAUUUGCAGGUGCUAAUGUUUAUAGCAGUAUGCCGUCAAAAGCUUCCCCUGCUGAUUCUUAGGGGCUGAAACCUGUAAAGCAGGUGUAGGGAACCAGUGGUGAACUACAACUCCCAUCAGUCCUAGCCAUUGCCCAUAUUUGCUGGGGCUGAUGGGAGUUGUAGUUCAGCAACAUCGAGGCUGUUUCCCACCUGCCUGGCUAGGCAGCAACCCUGCUAUAGCUCAAUGGUAGAACACAUGCUUUACACACAGAGUGUCCCAAGGUUCUCCAAUUCAGCCAUCAGGUGACAGCUGACCUCUGCCAGAGACCCCGGAGAGGCACUGCUGGCCAGAGUAGACAGCACUGGGCUAGAUGGAUCAAUAGCCUUUGCUGAUAGUCAUUUCCAGAAAAAUUGCAUCUGUUGGAUUUCUCUCUCAUGCAGUUUCAAAAUCCCAGGGUGGGACUGAGGAAUGACAGUCUAGCUGCUGUGAAUUUUUGUGCCCUAUACUGCUGAUUGAUCCAUCUACAGUAUUUGUCUGGUCCAACUUUGACUGCAUACUUUCACCAUAUAGCUGCGACUUCCAAGGGGCCAGAUGCAAUUCAUCCAAGCCUCUUCCAAUCCAACAGAUUUGCCGUCAAGAAGCUAUCCCAUAAGGACAUAAUCUCUCUCUCUCCCUCUGUUGAGCGGCCAGUUUCAGAGGAGAACAAGGAUCCUCUUAGCAGAGCUUUGGCAAAGGCCCUUUUAGCUGUUUAGAAGAGCAGGAAAUAUUGGCACACAUAGCUUGCCAGUCAGGAGUGUGUGAAGCUGCUUCUGUUGACAUUUCCUGAUCUACACAACUGUUAGAUUCCCGUGAGUUCUGAUGUCUCAAAGCAGUUGGCGGCAUUUUAGAAUGAGCUACAGAAGCUGCAGCAGCUGCCAGUCAGUAUAAAUAAGGGACCAACAGGGCCGGCCCACCCAAGAGGCAGACUGAUGUGGUCACCAUGGGUGGCGGAAUGCCAUGGGGCAGUGCCUGCAUGGGCAACCCCACCCAUCCCUGGAGAAGGAAGGAGAAGUGGUGGCAUCGUCCGGCAGGAUUUUGCUAGGAGCUACUGCAGCUGUGUAGGGACACAGGUGGUGCUGUGGGUUAAACCACAGAGCCUAGGACUUGCCGAUCAGAAGGUCUGCGGUUCAAAUCCCCACGAAAGGGUGAGCUCCCAUUGCUCGGUCCCUGCUCCUGCCAACCUAGCAGUUCAAAAACACGUCAAAGUGCAAGUAGAUAAAUAGGUACCACUCCAGCGGGAAGGUAAAUAGCGUUUCCGUGCGCUGCUCUGGUUCACCAGAAGCAGCUUAGUCAUGCUGGCCACAUGACUCAGAAGCUGUACGCCGGCUCCCUUGGCCAAUAAAGCGAGAUGAAAGCCGCAACCCCAGAGUCAGCCACGACUGGACCUAAUGGUCAGGGGUCCCUUUACCUUUACCUUACUGCAGCUGUUCAACCCCAGUAUGCGAGAUGACAGGGGCAAGGCACCUUCCCUCUUUGCCUCAGGCAGUGAAACAAGAUAGGCAGCCCUGGGGACAAAGAUGGACCAGUUGCUAGAAAAUGCAAGGGAGAGUGGUCUUGUGCUUGGGGUCUGCUUCUAGGUUUCCCACAGGCAUUGGGCUGGCCACUGUGAGAACAGGAUGCUGGCCAUUGGCCUCAUCCUGCAGCCUUUUCUUAUGUUACCUCUGAAACAAUCUAUAGACUCUGAUGCUUUGCACUAGUUCAGAAGCCACCAAUUCAAAUUAGAACUGCAGACUCAAAAUGCUUUUCUUCCCUAAUGUACCUACUUAUAUGCAAAUUCCAUAACUCAUCUGAAAAUGUAAAGUGCCUGUGAAAUAGGAUUAGUCCAGUGCCAGUGUGUUUGAGAUUGUAAUUAUUUUAUCAUUGGCAUUUAUUUCAUACGAGUUUUGACAAAUCUGGAACGUGUUAAUUCAGUUGAAAGGUGCAGAGAUUGCAGCGAAGGUCUUCCUUGGAAAUUCAUUUCCAGUUCUAUUUAUUAAAAUGAAUAAAAAGCCCACAGCCUAAUCGAAAUGGAGUUGAAAUGGAUCCUGUUUGAAAUGUAUGCCAAUUUGCAUUUCAAAUACUUGCAAUUUAAAUAUCUGUUCAAGUCCAUGAAUAUUUAUAUUUGAUCCAUGAAGAUAAUCACCUUUUUUUUACUGUCAGUCCUUCCUGGGCCAGAGAACAGCUCUGUAAAAUCCCCAAAAGCAACCACAGAGGGAAUGCCUCUUGUAUUAAAUUAUCUACCUCAGAAGCCAAAGCUUUGGAGUUCUGCCAAAGUAUUAGCUUCACAUGCACUCUUCCUCCCUUCUUUUGGUUUUCAUAUUUUAUAAUAUAUUUGGGGGAAAUUCACUAGAGCACUCUGUUAAGCUUAGUGGAAGAAAGGGUUAACUACGACGCUGUUUCUCUAGGUGGUGUCAAGGGUCAGCAUGGUCAGGCCCACUGACAAACCUCCUGAACUGCUUCUCCUCUUCACCAUUGCUUGUUCACCUGCCUCUUCUUCUGGCCCAAACAAUGCUGGGCAAUAAGUGAUGGAAAUAAGGGUGGGGGGAACUUGCAGCUCUUCAGAUGCUGCUGGACUCCAGCUCCCAUCCUCCCUGACCAUUGAGCAUGCUGGCUGGGGCCUGAUGGGUCCUUGGAGUCCAAUAGGGUCAGGUUCUUUCCAUUCUUGCUGUGGAGUACAGACACCCCAUGGAAAGUCCUGUCUUGGGGUGGUACCUUUGCAUGCAGGUCCUCAGUGCUUACUACAUACAGUUGCAAUAGAAAAAAAGGGACUCCCUGCACUUGUCAUGCUUAGGUAGCAAGGAGCAUUUGGGCAACUCCAGCUUAAUUCUCACUCCUGCAGUUCUGUGCCACUAGAAUCAGGGCUUGCUGAAAUUCCCUGGUCCUCACCAACUAAUAAGAACUGAAGGAACAAUGGUGGCUGGUCCCUGUUGGGAUGGAAGGCAGGGAGAUCAACAUUAGGUGGCGCCAUAGCCAAUGACAGGCACAGCCAACUCAUUCUACUUUCGUCCCCAGCCUCCUCCCUGCUGACUUCUACAAGGGGAGCACUGGGGCAGAAAUAAUUGGUUAUAUGUAAGAACACAGGUGGGUGGGAGCUGGCUGAGGGCAGUCUCAAACGGAUGGUGCAUUUGCCUUAAUGGACAAGCUGCUGACGGAGGAGGAGGAGAUGUCCUCUGUUGUGCCUGGCCGUCUUAUACCAAUGGCAUUUUGGAUGGUGAAUAUAAAUGUUUUUUAGUUACUGUACUUCUGCCCCACCUACCCUCCUCUUACCAGCGAAAUACCCAUCAAAGAACUCUUUAACCAUCAAUGUAUGUAAAUUUUGUAAAAAUAAAAUAAAAAUUAAAACUU